CCUGCUGACGGCAAGACUUGAGCGAAGUGCAGAGAGCGGGUACGGGCAUCAGCGAUGCGCUGCAUUUUUGAUGGCCUGCGACUGUAGCCGCAUGGACCUUUUCGGUCAAGUGACGGACGGGCGAGAGGACGAGAGCGGCUGCAUAAUUACAAGUAGAGAGAAGUAAAACGCUGCAAUGGAAAGGAGUUGCCUGGAGCUUGUUUUGUCCUGUUCUCUGCUUGUCUCCUCAACACCAUCCGAAACUCUUGCUCCCUUGUUAUACACACAAUAUGAUAAGGAACACUAUAUGGGGAAAGUUUUAUCGUCAGGGGCUGAACUAAAGCCCUGAGUUCUCCCUUGAUCAUUUUAACAAGACACUUUGGGAAAGGUCCUUUUUGUAGGUUUAAAAAGCAGGAUUAAUCAGGAUUUCACAUCCGAUCGUUUUCAGCCAAAACCAGUCUAAUUCCUCUUUCAUAUGUACACACUGUGCCAAAACAUAACCGUAACCCAGCAUCUCAUGGCCGCCAGUGAAAUGACACCCAAAAUAACCGAGGGGCAGCGCAAAAGAGUUAGAUCAACCAUGUGACGCGAUCCAAGAGUAUUUCAAUCGUUAACCACACUAACUUAUUGAGACAUGGUUGGGCAGAUCAAUCACUCAACUCGCUGCUGUAAGACGAGCCGCAUGAACACACGCUGCGGCUCCUCCUUCGCUCUCACUUAAUGUCGUUAACAGGUGCCCCGUCCAAAAUAGACGCGCGCACGCAUGGCGAGUGUGUGACAGAAACAGACAGACAUGUUUUUCGUCACGUCAUGCGUAUGCCAGCGAGGGUGUGUGUGUGUGUGUGUGUGUGUGUGCGUGUGUGUGAUCGCCCUGCGCCACUUCGCCUUACUAGCGACUAACAUUACCGGUACACACACCCAUGCAGACGCACAUCGUCGGAUAUUGAAUGAAGAAGCGUGUGAGCCAACCGGGCUGCAGCCCCCUCCCCUGUUCGACUCACUUUCCAUGAAUGUUAUGUACCCCCUCCUCGCACUGUCACUCUCUCGUUCCUGUUCACUAACUCUGCCAUGAGCACCCCUUUGCUCUUUGAAUUUUCAAGCGUCUUCUUCUCAACCCAGUACCAAAUCACAGAGGACUGCAGGAAAGGAAAUACUUGGACAGAAGCUUCAUUUAUACCUUUUGGUCGUCUUUUGUGUUUUUAGUGAUUUUUAUUUUUUAUUUUUAAUCUAUCUUGGUAGUAGCAGAGUUUUAUUUAUUCACCAUUAUAAAGCUAAACUCAAACUAAAUACCCCCAAGCUGAGAUGUGGAACAACUUCUUCGUGGCCAGGGACGAGGAGGGCCGCGUGGGGGCGGCGGGCGGUGGCCAAGGAGGCGCUCUGGCCGCCCUGAAGGGCGGACGUGCUCAGAGACGGAACCAAAAGUUGAGCGACAGCCAGGACGGCAAGAUCAAGCUGGCCUUCCUGGUGUGCGCGGUGGGCGUCACGCUGACCGUGCUGGCCUUGGGCACCGAAUUUUGGGUGGAGCUGGCGCAGCCCAAGGACUUUGGCGGCAACCAGACAUGCCAGCUGGCGCACUACGGCCUUUGGAAGGCCUGCGUGCGCACCCUGUGGGUGGCCGACGUGGACCCCGACAGGGCGAGCUGCGGUCCAGCUGAACUACCGGGAGAAUCCAACUGCACCUACUUCAAAUUCUUCACCUCGGGGGAAAACGCCGUCGUGUUCAAGAAGACGACAAACAAGAACUUGAGCCUGGCGGCGGCCAUUUUGGCUCUGCUCGGUCUGACCCUGAUGGUGACUGGCUCCAUCUGCAUCAUCAUGACGCUCAGCAAAGGCGUGGCCUUCUUCCUCAAGCCCGCCUCCUUCUGCUUCAUCCUCUCAGGCGUCCUGGUCCUGGUCUCCGUCCUGAUUUUCCACCGGUCCGUGCUGGCCUUACUGUCCAGCGACCGCUCCGUCCCGCUGCACCACCGGCUGGCGUGGUCGGCGGCCUGCGCGGGCUCAGCGGGCGCCGUCCUCAUUUUGGGAGGCGUCCUUUUCCUCGUCCUUUCGCUUCCCGGCACUUCCUGGCAGAAGUGCUUGCCACACAACAACAGCGCCACCUAGUAUGCAGCUGCGGACGUGGCAACGUCGCUUCAGCUUUUGUUUAGUUUUUUUUCUACACCGUUUUUCUAAAGCACAACAAUUAGCAUAGCUUAGCAUUAAACAGUGAUGACUCAA